AUGACUAUGGAAGCUGGUGGUGUUUCUACUAUUUGUUUCCCCAUCUUCUCCAUUAUCGUUUUUGUGUUCAUCGCUUUCUCAAAGGCUCAGACGGUUCCGGCCAUUUACAUUUUCGGAGACUCCCUAUUGGAUGUUGGUAACAACAAUUACCUUUCCGACUCUUUUUCCAAGGCAGAUUUUCCUCCUAACGGUAUCGAUUUCCCGACCAAGAAUGCAACCGGGAGGUUUUGCAAUGGCAAGAAUGCUGCAGAUUUUCUUGCCGAGAAAGUGAGUUUGCCAACUUCCCCACCAUAUCUUUCACUUGUAUCAAAAUCCAAUAAGCUAAACGGGUCCUUGGAAGCUGGAGUUAGCUUCGCCUCUGGAGGCGCUGGAAUCUUCAACGGUACCGAUGAAGAACAUCGUCAGUCACUACCCUUCGCAAAACAAGUCAACCACUAUUCACAAGUUUGUGCAGAACUUCAGCACCAGAUAGGAGCUCAAGCUGCCCAAGCAGAUCUAGCAAAAUCUCUACAUGUAGUUCUUAUCGGAAGCAAUGACAUAAUCGACUACGUUGAUUCAUCCAGCACCCAAAAGCAAUAUACACCGGACCAGUAUGUGAAAUUGAUGUUGUCCACUCUUGAGCAACACCUGGAGAGAAUACAUAGUCUCGGUGCUCGGAAAUUCGCAAUUCUCGGCGCUCCACCAGUGGGAUGUUUUCCGGCACGAAGGGAUAUUAAAACAGGAGAAUGCAAUGAGUUAGGAAACUCCAUCUCUUCUAUGUAUAGUGAUGGGCUCAAGUCCAUGAUGCAACAAUUGAAACCAGCGUUAGGCGUAAACUACUCCUUCUUCGAGACUUAUGACAUCUUCCUUAACAUGAUCCAAAGUCCAUCAUCUUACGGAUUUAAUGAGACUAAAGCUGCAUGCUGUUUCGUCGGAAAUGUUAACGCAAAGGUUCCUUGUCUACCAGUCUCAAGAUACUGCUCCAAUAGAACGGACCAUAUGUUCUGGGAUAUAUUCCACCCUACAGAGGCAACUAACAAAAUUUUGGUGGAACAUCUUUUUGAGGGUUCAACAUACUCAUUUCCAAUGAAUGUGAAGAAGUUAGUUUCUCUCUGA